ACGGCAAGCAUUUCGCAAUUCGAGUCGAUCGUCUGACGUCCUAUACUGUACAGUAAUACUGUCGGAUUAACCGCCGCCGUUUCUGCCAGGGGUCCCUUGGGGAGUCAAUUUUAAUUUGUUCCUUAUCCUGCAAGGAUGAUCGGUCGGUAGCGAUCGAACGGACCAGUGGUUGUGGUGUAAAGCUGCUCACCAAUGGCAUACCAAGGAAAAGGCCGGGUCCGAGUCCAGAUCCCAGACCAGUCCAUAACUUCAAGUUGGCUUUCUGGUGUGGGUCAUCUUCAAGGAUCUUAUUUCGGUCGAGACACUCUGUUAUCAAAAUUGAGUCGUGUUCGCAUAGAAGGUGAAAAUCAGUGGGGAGUUUAACCCCUAUCGCAAGCCGCUCUUUGAGGAGUUUUAGAGUUCGUUGAGGGGUUGGCCAUUUCCUUUACUUAGUAUGUAUCACCAUGGUCGUAGUGUGCAGGCAGCUAGCAUCCGAUAUCUCCUGGUCCAAAUGUGUAUGUUAUGGUGAGCAAAAGUUUAUAUUUAUGUUGUAUCC